GCCGCGAUCGGCGCAGCUCGGCCGGGACGCGCUAGCCGGCGGCGGGGCCACCCUCGAGUCCAGCGCCGCCGCGGCCCCCAUGCGGCCGCGAGGAGCCCCGGGGGGGCCGGGGAUCGCAGCACAUGUUCCUUUGCUUUAAGAUGAGUUGCAGAGCCCCUUAAUGAAGAGCCUCUGGAAGCAUCGCUUUAUGAUGAUGGGAGCGCCUUUGUCCAUUCUGUGACGGAGGUGGAGCGAUGCUGACCUUGGCUUCCUGGACCCAUUCUGACUCAGGAGCCUUCACAUAAAUGGGUCCAGUCAUGCCUGCCAGUAAGAAGCCAGAAAGCUCAGGAAUCAGUGUGUCCAGUGGACUGAGUCAGUGUUACCCGGGCAGCGCUUUCUCCAAGGCCCUUCAGGAAGACGAUGACCUCGACUUUUCCCUGCCUGACAUCCGAUUAGAAGAGGGGACCAUGGAAGAUGAGGAGCUGACCAACCUGAACUGGCUACAUGAGAACAAGAACUUGCUGAAGAGCUUCGGGGAGUCGGUCCUCAGGAGUGUCAGCCCCGUCCAGGACCUGGACGACGACACCCCUCCGUCCCCCGCCCACUCUGACAUGCCCUACGAUGCCAGGCAGAACCCCAACUGCAAGCCCCCCUACUCCUUUAGCUGCCUCAUAUUUAUGGCCAUCGAGGACUCUCCAACCAAGCGCCUGCCAGUGAAGGAUAUCUACAACUGGAUCUUGGAACAUUUUCCGUAUUUUGCAAACGCACCUACUGGGUGGAAAAACUCAGUGAGACAUAAUUUGUCAUUGAAUAAGUGUUUUAAGAAAGUGGACAAAGAGAGGAGUCAGAGUAUUGGAAAAGGGUCAUUGUGGUGCAUAGACCCCGAGUACAGACAAAAUCUAAUUCAGGCUUUGAAAAAGACACCGUACCACCCCCCUCCCACUCCUCAGGCAUAUCAAAGCACAUCAGGUCCACCCAUCUGGCCGGGCAGUACUUUCUUCAAGAGAAAUGGAGCCCUUCUGCAAGUUCCUCCAGGAGUGAUACAAAAUGGAGCGCGGGUUCUGAGCCGAGGGCUGUUUCCUGGCGUCCGGCCGUUGCCAAUCACUCCCAUUGGAAUGACGGCAGCCAUGAGGAAUGGCAUCACCAGCUGCCGGAUGCGGACUGAGAGCGAGCCGUCGUGCGGCUCUCCCGUGGUCAGCGGAGACCCCAAGGAGGACCACAACUAUAGCAGUGCCAAGUCCUCCAAUGCCCGGAGCACCUCACCGGCCAGCGACUCUAUCUCCUCCUCGUCGUCUUCAGCUGACGACCACUACGAGUUUGCCACCAAGGGGAGCCAGGAGGGCAGCGAAGGCAGUGAGGGGAGCUUCCACAGCCAUGAGAGCCACAGUGAAACGGAAGAGGAUGACAGGAAGCCCAGCCCAAAGGAGGCCAAGGAUGCCCUGGGGGACAGCGGGUACGCCUCCCAGCACAAGAAGCGCCAGCACUUCGCCAAGGCCAGGAAGGUCCCCAGCGACACGCUGCCCCUCAAAAAGAGACGCACAGAAAAGCCCCCAGAGAGUGACGAUGAGGAGAUGAAAGAGGCAGCUGGGUCGCUCCUGCACUUAGCAGGGAUUCGGUCCUGUUUGAAUAACAUCACCAAUCGGACGGCAAAGGGGCAGAAGGAACAAAAGGAAACCACAAAAAAUUGAAAACAAGUCACUGAUUUGUUUUGAACUUAUGGCCAUUUGGUUUCAGCAUGUCAGGAGAUUUCUAAUGAUUUGUGGCAAUAUCAGCAAUUUUUUUCUUUUUCUUUUGGUUUGGUUUUCCUUCUUUUCUUUUACUUUUUUUUAAUUUGCCCCCCUCUCCUUUGUUUCGGAACCUAAAGAAUUUUAUGUUUAAAGGAGAUUGAAGCCAUAGAACUCAUAUCUGACACUCAGCUGUUUUACAAAAGCUUUUCAUUAUCUGAAGACAAAACCGAAAAAGCCAAACUUCCCAUUGCUUCCUACAGCCUGUCCGAGACACGUGGCUGAUCUUCAGUACCACGGGACACACACACAGCACCUAGAAGGCACGAGCGCAAAAGUAGCCAUCGUCCAGACCCAGCCCAUACAUAGGUUUAAAAAAAAAUCCGAUACUCCUUCAGUUGUGACCACUGAGUCCAGGCACACUGGAGAGAAAGAAGAGCCCGUGUGCCCCCUAGGAGCGGGCGCAGGCCUGUGGCGCCCAGCAUCCCCAGUGUGCCCGGCAGGAAGGCCUAGGCCUUGCUCCGCAGUGAGCUCAGGGCUCGGCCGCCGCCCUCUGGGCCCCUUAGCUUUGAAACCCGGCGCCAUCUCACAGGUUGAACGAGGACUCCUCAGACACAUCAGGUGUCCGUGACUAAGGAGGAAAAAUCGGGUACAUUUUUAGUGAUGCUAAUUACCGAAUUCUGUUCACUACGAAAUUAAGACAAUGUUCCAAAAGCCAUAAGCCUACAGGUCAACCCUGCACACACAUACACACACACACAACACACACUUGCACACACGCACGUGCACGGAUACACACCCAGAUACACAGACUUAAGAGAAAACCGACACAGAAAACAGCCCAUGUCUUCUUAACUGCCCGAGUGAAAAGCAAUCAAACCCAACGAAUUACAGUAGCUGUUAAGUAAGGCAAUUACGGUGUAGAUUCUUUUCUGUCUAGCAAAACUAUUUGAUCAAAAGGAAGAAAAAACUACGGAACCUGCCAUUUAGGGAUGUGAUAUAUUUUUUAAAAGAUUCGAGGCACAUUGAUGGACAUAAACAAGUAAAACAUGAAAAAUAAAUAAAAUCGUAACUCCUAUACUGCCCUCAAAAAGGAGUUUGCAAUUAAUGUCAGUCAGGAUUCAUUUUUGAAAAAUCAGUGAUUUUCCACAUUCAGCCAGUGUAGCCAGCAGAAAUUUCUAAUCCACAUGCAUGGAUUCCUUUGGAGAAAAAAAAAAAAAAA